AUGAAUCGAAAGGUUGUAACUAAAAGGAAAUAUACCAGAAAUUCCACUAUUCACGAAAGUAGCUCAAAAUCAAAACUUGAUAAGGAUGAUAGAGACUAUUCAAACAAUGCUAGUGUCACUAAUAGUCCUCUCAAUUCACCUUAUAAUUUUUUAGCUUUGAAUCAAGGCAACAAAGAUUUUAUUUUCCAUUACACAAUACCAGAUAAAUUGAAAGACAGAUUGGCUCAAGAAUUUACUCAAAUAAAUAUUGAUAAAACUCUCAAUAUUUUUAAUAACUCAACCAAAUAUUCUAAAGCUCAACAAUCCAGACAAUUGACAGAUCUUACUAUAGAGGGUAUACUAUCAUGGUAUCUGGAUACCAAAUUAUUCUCCGAUUUAAGUGUUUAUGGACUUUUACCAAUAUCUACUAAUAUGGAUGAUCUAGAUUUUGAUUCGUUUCUACAAAAUUUGUAUGACGAUGAAAUAGCUCUUAAUAUUUCGGAAGCUUUAGAAGUGGAUAUUGUGAGGGAUGAUAAGGAAUCUCUUACAAAAAAAAAUGCUAUCAAAGAUUUUAUUCUUGCUGAACAGGAAAGAUUAGAAUUUGUCAGAGGGCUUAGGAUCUAUUUUGACAAGUUAUUUGACAAAAAAUUGCUCUACAAAAAUGAAAAGGCGCUUUACAACAAGUUUAAAUCGACCUCCCUUCAACAAAAUGAUAAUAUUAAAUCUAAUGAUCCUAAUGUAAAUGGAAUUAAUUCUAAGCCAUCAAACUAUCUUCAGUUGGAUCCAUUUUUAAGGUUAUUUGUUAUUUUGCCUGAAAUGAUAAAUCAAACAGAUUUGAACGAAAAUCAAAUAAGGAAAUUAAGCUUAAUGACUCAAGAUUUUCUUGAUUGUAUUGGAGAAAACAUUUGACUUUGAUAUGUAUUUUUUAAAAAAAUUAGUUUUCAUUUUGGCAAAACUUGUAAAUUAAUGAAAAUUGUACAGUUAUAUUGGCGAACAUUAUUAUUAAUUUUUUAUAUUUUCAUUAAAUAUAUUGUCACAAAAACUUAUUUUAAAUGUAAAGAUAUACUAAAGUUAUAUGAA